UCUGAUUCGAGCAAAAUGUCCAUCAUAACUGACGCAAUAAUCGAAUUUAAAUAAAUUAGUGGAAGAGUCCUUGGAUUCGUUCAAGAUCACGUGAGCCCAAUAGCGACUACUGAUUUCCAGUUUGAUAGCAGUGAUAACAGUCAGCUGUUGGAGUCCGCGCUGCUUUGUCACGAACGCUCAUCGUUUUUUUUUUUUUUUCCUCUUUGAGCAGCUCCAUGAAGGAUGCACGUUCCACUCCACAUCUUCACGAGUCUCCGAGGUGGAUGUCCUGAUUUAAGGAGUGUGGCAGAAUUUUAAGCAGUUCCUGGUGGUAUAGAAGAUACCAUGGCUGGUGAGAAAUCUUUUAAAGAAGUCACCAUACCAGUUCCCUGGGGCGAUAUUCAUGGGAAACUGUGGGGACCCGAAGAUAAACAACCUAUUAUUUUUCUUCAUGGAUGGCAAGAUAACGCUGGUUCUUUCGAUCCAUUAGUCGCUUUAUUACCUGAAGAUAUAGCCGUACUCUGCAUAGAAUUUCCUGGCCAUGGAUUUUCUUCGCAGUAUCCCAAGGGACAGAUGUACUAUCUGUUUUGGGAUGGCCUUUAUAUUACAAGACGUGUAGUUAAACAUUUCGGUUGGAAAUCUGUCUCUAUAGUCGGCCAUUCGCUUGGUGGAGCAGUCGGAUUCAUGUACGCAGCAUGUUUUCCUGACGAAAUAGAUAAAUUAGUCUCUCUAGAUAUUGUUUGCCCGAGGGUUUCCAAACCUGAAACACUAGUCAAGAACACUGGACCUUCUAUUGAUACUUUUCUAAAGUAUGAGAACUUGCCACCAGAAUCACAGCCAUGCUACAAUUAUGAUGAGAUGGUGGAAAUUGCGCUAUGCGGCUACAAGGGUUCAGUCACCAAAGAGGGUAUUAACAUUUUAAUGAAAAGAGGAAUGACUAAGAUCGAAGGCGCAGAGAAAUUCAAGUUUUGCAGGGAUCUUAGACUCAAGGUUGCAGGAUUGGGAAUGCCAUCGUUGGACAUUGUUCUAGAAAUGGCAGACAAGAUAAAGUGCCGCUACUUAAACAUUCGAGCGAUGGACGGGCUGAAGCUGGAGAGCCCAGAAGUGUACCCGAUGGUGCUCGAGCGGCUAAAGACGACCUGCUCUUCGUUUGCCUAUCACGAAGUUAAAGGGACACAUCACCUACAUCUUAAUACUCCGGAGCUCAUCGCACCGAUCAUCAUUCCGUUCCUCAAGUCGUAGGCUUUCGAUUGCUGCUUAAGAGUGCGCCAUCUUGCUGUGCUUAAUUAAAUCUCACUGCUCUCAAUUUAAAAUGAUUGGGUUUGUGCUUGGCUUUGGACACUUAUACACUAAUAAUUGGUCGAUUUAUUU